AUGUUGAGAAAUUCUCUUUGUAGAGCCAGCUCGCAGCUGCUUCGCGGCGCCCGAGUAUCGCCCGUCAUCUCCUCGCUUUCGGCUGCUUGCGCUCGUCCUUCAUCAUGGAACGUCACGGCCGCUCGCCGCUCCCUGACCCUCGCGUCUCGUCGCACCUAUGCUACGACGGAUGCCUCCCACUCGGCCCCCGACCCCAACGACAACUUCCUUACCGGCAGCACUGCUAAUUACAUUGAUGAAAUGUACAUGCAGUGGAAAAAGGAUCCCAAGAGUGUCCACGUCUCCUGGCAGAUAUAUUUCAAGAACAUGGAGAGUGGCGACAUGCCCAUUUCCCAGGCCUUCCAGCCUCCUCCCAAUCUUGUGCCCAACAUGACCGGCGGUGUCCCUCGCCUUGGUGAUGGUCUUGUUAUGGAGGAUGGCUCCGAUGUCACCAAUCACUUGAUGGUUCAGCUUCUCGUGCGUGCCUACCAGGCUCGUGGUCACCACAAGGCCAACAUCGACCCUCUUGGCAUCAGAAACACCGCCGAAGGUUUCGGUAACAUCAAACCUAAGGAGUUGACUCUCGAUUUCUACGGCUUCACCGAGAAGGAUCUGGAUACUGAAUAUACCCUGGGCCCUGGUAUUUUGCCCCGCUUCAAGCGCGAAGGCCGCGAAAAGAUGACCCUGCGCGAAAUUGUUGCUGCCUGCGAAAAGAUUUACUCUGGCUCAUACGGCGUCGAGUUUAUCCAUAUCCCCGAUCGUGAAAAGUGCGACUGGCUCCGCGAGCGCCUCGAGGUACCUCAGCCCUUCAAAUUCUCCAUUGAUGAGAAGCGCCGUAUCCUCGACCGGCUCAUCUGGAGUUCCAGUUUCGAAUCCUUCCUCAUGACCAAAUACCCCAACGACAAGCGUUUCGGUCUCGAGGGCUGCGAGACCCUUGUUCCCGGUAUGAAGGCCCUCAUAGAUCGCAGUGUUGACUACGGCGUCAAGGACAUCGUUAUUGGUAUGCCCCAUAGAGGCCGUCUUAACGUCCUCUCCAAUGUCGUCCGCAAGCCCAACGAGUCAAUUUUCAGCGAGUUUGGCGGUACUGAUACCGCCGAGGAGGGCUCUGGCGACGUCAAGUACCAUCUCGGUAUGAACUUUGAGCGUCCUACUCCUUCCGGCAAGCGUGUCCAGCUUUCUCUCGUCGCCAAUCCCUCCCACUUGGAGGCUGAGGACCCUGUCGUCCUGGGCAAAACCCGUGCCAUCCAGCACUACAACAACGACGAGAAGUCCCACCGAACUGCCAUGAGCGUUCUCCUGCACGGUGAUGCCGCCUUCGCUGCCCAGGGUAUUGUUUAUGAAUGUCUGGGAUUUCAUUCUCUGCCUGCCUUCUCUACGGGGGGUACAAUUCACCUGGUUGUUAACAACCAGAUUGGUUUCACAACCGAUCCCCGUUUCGCUCGCUCUACUGCUUACUGCACGGACAUCGCCAAAGCCAUUGAUGCCCCAGUCUUCCACGUCAAUGCUGAUGAUGUCGAGGCUGUUAACUUCGUCUGCCAGCUCGCUGCUGAUUGGCGCGCCGAGUUCCAGCAUGAUGUCGUGAUUGACUUGAUCUGCUACCGCAAGCACGGCCACAAUGAGACUGAUCAGCCCUCGUUCACCCAACCUCUCAUGUAUAAGCGCAUCAACUCUCAGGUUCCCCAGAUUGAUGUUUACGUUGACAAGUUGCUAAAGGAAGGCACUUUCACCAAGGAGGAUAUCGACGAGCACAAGCAGUGGGUCUGGGGCAUGCUCGAAGAGAGCUUCGCUAAGUCCAAGGACUAUACCGCCACGUCCAAGGAAUGGACCACCUCUGCCUGGAACGGCUUCAAGUCUCCCAAGGAGCUGGCCACUGAGAUCCUUCCUCACAAUCCCACAAACGUUGACAAGAAGACUAUCGAGCAUAUUGGUGAGGUUAUUGGAUCUGCUCCCGAAGGUUUCACCGUCCACCGCAACCUUAAGCGUAUUCUCAACAAUCGUACCAAGUCGGUCGUCGAGGGUAAGAACAUUGACUUCCCCACUGCUGAGGCCCUGGCAUUCGGCUCUCUCGUGACCGACGGUUACCAUGUCCGUGUUUCCGGCCAGGAUGUUGAGCGUGGCACUUUCUCCCAGCGCCACGCCGUCUUCCACGACCAAGAGAACGAGGCUACGUACACGCCUCUUCAGCACAUCAGCAAGGACCAGGGCAAGUUUGUUAUCGCCAACUCGUCCCUGAGUGAGUUUGGUGCUCUUGGUUUCGAGUAUGGCUACUCCCUGUCAUCUCCCAACGCCCUCGUCAUGUGGGAGGCCCAGUUUGGUGACUUUGCCAACAACGCCCAGUGCAUCAUCGACCAGUUCGUCGCUUCUGGUGAGGUCAAAUGGAUGCAGCGCAGCGGUAUCGUCAUGUCUCUGCCUCACGGUUACGACGGACAGGGACCCGAGCACUCCUCUGCUCGUAUCGAGCGCUACCUUCAGCUGUCCAACGAGGAUCCGCGUGUCUUCCCUGCCAAGGACAAGCUCGCUCGCCAGCACCAGGACUGCAACAUGCAGAUCGCUUACAUGACUACUCCUGCGAACUUGUUCCACGUUCUGCGUCGCCAGAUGGAGCGCCAGUUCCGCAAGCCCCUCAUCAUCUUCUUUUCCAAGUCUCUCCUCCGCCAUCCUCUCGCUCGGUCGAGCCUGGAAGAGUUCACUGCCGAGGAUGCUGGUUUUCAAUGGAUUAUUCCGGACCCCGAGCACCAGACUGGCGCCAUCAAAUCUCCCGAGGAGAUUGAUCGCGUCAUUCUCUGCACUGGUCAGGUCUGGGCUGCGCUGCACAAGUACCGUGCUGAUAACAAGAUUGAUAAUGUUGCCUUCACCCGCAUCGAGCAGCUGAACCCCUUCCCCUGGCAACAGCUAAAGGAGAACCUCGACAUGUACCCCAACGCCAAAACCAUCGUCUGGGCUCAGGAGGAGCCCCUUAACGCCGGUGCCUGGAGCUUCACCCAACCUCGUAUUGAGACCCUGCUCAACCAGACCAAGUACCACGACCGCAAACACGUCAUGUAUGCUGGCCGUAGCCCCAGCGCAUCCGUUGCUACUGGUUUGAAACACGUCCACAGUAAGGAAGAGAAGGAGUUGCUCGAGAUGGCCUUUACUGUCAAGCAGGACAAGCUCAAGGGCGAAUGA